AUGACUGCAGCAAAGACUAUGGGCACUCAGGGAGAGUUUGGUUAUACCGUAUCCGCCAAAGAGUUAGCAAAAGGUUAUAUGCCUGGCGGUCCAGCUGUCAAAGUUACUGUUGGCGGUGCUAAAACAUUCAAAGGUAUAUUAGUAUAUGCCCUUGACGCCAAGAACAACCAUGUUGGUUCAUUCACAAAACCAGCAAAUCUUCAAUUCCAAACUAAUUGUCCAGGUGAUAAUGGAUCAGGGACCCUAACACAUAUGGAUGCUACCGAUAAACCUCAAAUGGACUUAAUGUGGACUCCACCUGCUACAGCUGGCGUUGGAAAAAUUAUGUUUAUGGCUACUUUUGUAUCAGGAGGACCAAAAUCACCAGCUCCCGGAUUCCAACAAGCACAAUCAAUACCAUAUGCAGAACUUGCAGCAGCACCUGGAAAAACUCCUGCAGCUACCGAUACCGCUGCACCACCAACAAGUACCGGUACCGCUCCAUCACCCCCAGCAGGUUCCACCCCAUCACCCCCAUCAUCCCCAGCAGGUUCCACUCCAUCACCUACAACUACUCCUGCUGCUAACCAACCUAGUGGUGGAAUCUCCAUUUCACAAUAUUCAAGCUUCGGUGCUCUCCCAACAGGCGACCCUAUGCCACUUGUUGGCUUCGGUACAUCGCAGGUACCUGAUGCCGAUACUGUUUAUCAUGCUUUAAAAAAUGGUUAUCGAUUAUUGGAUGGUGCAGGUGUUUACGGUAAUGAGAAAGAAGUAGGCGAUGGAAUUAAGAAAGCAAUCGAUGAUGGAAUUGUUAAACGUGAGGAUAUUUUCAUCACCUCCAAGUUAUGGAACACUUUUCAUAAAAAAGAACAUGUUAGACCAGCUCUUGAGAGAACCCUUAGUGAUCUUAAAGUAAAAUAUUUAGAUCUUUACUUGAUCCAUUUCCCUGUCUCUUUGAAAUAUGUUGAUCCAAAAGAACGUUAUCCUACUGGUUGGUAUUAUGAUGCCGAGAAUAAGUUUUGCAUUCAAGAAAAUGUCACCAUUAGAGAAACAUGGGAAGCCAUGGAAGAAUUGGUUGAUGCUGGAUUGGUUAGGAACAUUGGAAUUUCUAAUUUUAAGGCAGUGUUGAUAAUGGAUUUGUUGAAAUAUGCACGUGUCAAACCAUCAGUUCUACAAAUAGAACUUCAUCCAUACUUGACACAAGAACAAUUGGUAGAUUAUGUAAAAUCCCAAGGUUUGGCAGUGACUGCCUACUCAUCUCUAGGUGCACUUAGUUAUAAAUCUUUAGGAUUGAAAAAUGACCCUCAAUUGUUAAAAGAACCUAUAUUGGAACAGAUUGCAAAGAGGCACAAUAAAUCUACCGCUCAGGUUUGUAUUCAACGUAAUAUUGGGGUUAUACCAAAAUCAAAUAAUCCAACUAGAGUUGUUGAAAAUCGUAAAAUCCUGGAAUUUACUUUGACCGACGAGGAGGUUAAAGAAAUCUCUUCAUUGGACAGAAAAUUAAGAUUUAAUGAUCCCGGUAUAAAGGAUCCUGAUGUAACUUUUGGAGUUGGAAUUCCUAUUCACGCUUGA